AUUCAUGGCAGAAAAUGGUGGAUGGCGCAUUCUCUGAGAUUUUUCAGCUCUCCGGUCUGAAUCUUCAGACGUUUCUCGUGUUCUUCCUUGCCUUUCUUCUAGCGUGCCUGUAUCUUAGGCGACCCCGAAACCUCCCUCCUUACCCGGCAGGAUGUUGGCCCGUUCUCGGGCACCUCCUCGCCUUGGGCCGAGCGCCUCACCUGCAGCUGACGGCGUGGAGGCGGCAGUACGGGGACGUCUUCACCGUCAGGAUGGGGAUGGAAGAUGUGGUGGUUCUGAACGGCUACACUGCCGUCAAGGACGCGCUUGUGGACAGGUCCGAGCUGUUCGCGUCCAGGCCACAAAACUACAUAUUCGACCUCAUCAACGGUUUUGGGAAGGCUAUCGUCAGUACCCAAUGGGGUAAGGCGUUCAAACAGAAGAGAAAGUUUGCUUCGACAAUCCUGCGGACUCUCGGUGUGAAAGAAGGAAUGGGCAGCAUUGAAGAAAAGAUUCGAGAAGAAACAGGCUUUCUUUGUGCCAAGGUUGCAAAAUACGGAGGACAGCCAUUUGACCCCGAGAGUGACCUACACUUCACAAUAGCAAACGUCAUCUGCUCCAUAGUCUUUGGAAAUCGCUUCGACUAUGGUGAUGGGAGGUUCAGGGACUUGUCGGACGCCGUGCUCGUCACAAUGGACCGACUUGGGGCUGGGCAAAUCAUCAACGUGUUCCCUUUUCUGCGAUUUGUUCCCGGUGGUAAGUAUAGCCUCCACCAAGACAUCCUACUUGCCUCCACCAGUGCAUUUCGCUGCGUCCAGUCGGAGCUUGAUGCAGUUGUUGGAGGCGCCCAGCCCGCCCUGUCCCACCGUGCCCAGCUGCCCUACACAGAGGCUACACUGAUGGAAGUACAGCGGAUGCGCGCUGUUGCUCCUCUAGGCCUGCCGCACUCCACCACGCAAGACGUCACUUUCGGAGAGUUUGAUCUACCAGCGGGAGUUAUGGUCCUGACGAAUCUGCACUCCCUCCACAUGGACCCCGCCUACUGGCCUGACCCGGACCGGUUUGACCCGGAAAGGUUUCUGGACGCAGAAGGGAAGGUCAUCAGCAAGCCUAAGUCCUUCAUGCCUUUUUCUGGAGCGCGGGUGCCUGGAGAGCAGCUCGCCAAGAUGGAGCUGUUUCUGCUCUUCUCCAGCCUGCUGCAGAACUUCACCUUCAAGUCGCCAGAGGGCGCGCCUGCACUGUCUGUUGAAGGCAGUAUGAGGCUCACACUAACUCCUCCUUCCUACAAGAUAUGCGCCAUUCCGCGUUGAUCGACAUCUCAUUUGUAACAUAAAGGGAUGCAUACUUUGCAUGUCAUAAU